AAAAGACCUCAUUCACUGUGCAAUGACAAUUGUCAUUCAGGUUCAAGUAAGACCAAGUUAGAAGGGAAACCCUUUUGCUGCUAUAGGUGCCGUCCAUGUCCAGAGGGGAAGAUUGCCAAUCAGAAAGACAUGGAUGAUUGUUUACCAUGCCCAGAAGGACAAUAUCCAAACAACAACCAUGACUCAUGCCUUCCAAAGCGCAUAGUUUUUCUGUCAUAUGAAGACCCGUUAGGGACCAGUUUGGCCACUACUGCAAUUGUCUUUGCUUGCAUUGCCACUGCAGUGCUUGGGAUCUUCAUCAAAUACCAGGACACUCCCAUAGUCAAGGCCAACAACCGGAACAUCACCUACCUUCUUCUCAUCUCCCUUGUGCUCUCAUUCCUUUGCAGUUUAUUAUUCAUUGGAAAGCCUGAAAUGGUGACCUGCCUUUUGCGACAAACUGCUUUUGGGAUUGUCUUCACAGUCGCCAUUUCAUGUAUAUUGGCCAAAACCAUCAUUGUAAUUUUAGCUUUCAUGGCUUCAGUGCCUGGAUCCAAGAUGAGGAGGUGGUUGGGCAAACGAUUAGAUAAUUAUAUUGUUGUUUUCUGUUUCUUCGUUGAAGUUGUUAUUUGCAUUGUAUGGCUUGUAACCUCACCCCCAUACUCAGAUGCUGAUAUGAACUUAGUGGCAGAUGAAAUCAUCCUUGGAUGUAAUGAAGGCUCUACUCUCAUGUUUUACUGUGUCUUAUUCUCCCUGCUUUUCCUUGCCAUUGUUGGUUUCUGUGUGGCUUUCCAAGCACGGCAUUUACCAGACAGUUUUAAUGAAACCAAGUUUAUCUCCUUCAGCCUGUUAUGUUUUUGCAGUGUCUGGUUGUCCUUUUUCCCAACCUAUCUGAGUACCAAGGGGAAAUACAUGGUGGCUGUGGAGAUCUUUUCUAUUCUCUCUUCCAGUGCAGGGUUACUGGGUUGCAUCUUUUUCCCAAAAUGCUUUGUUAUUCUACUAAGACCUGAUCUGAAUGACAAAAAGCAGUUGAUGAGAGCAAAGAAAGAAGAACUAUAA